AUGGAAAUGAACACGAAUAUCGAUGCAAACGCAUCUGAACAAUCAAAUGAAAUUCAAGCGAAACCAACAGUUCAACGUUCAGCUAAAGGGCCUGUAUGUAUUGAUGAAUGCUCAUUCGAUGGUAAAUAUAUUCAACUGGCAAAUACUUCCGCACUGAAAGAUGCCGAUCUAAGCGGUUGGUGCCUUGUUCGUAGUAUUGAUAAUGCCCCGGAAAUAUCGUUUACCAUGCCGGCUAACUGUAAAUUGGAGAAACGAAAAACGGUGAGGAUUUAUGCUGGUAAUCAGGACGGCGGUAAAUCAUCGUGCGAUUUAGUCUCAUCAGACUUUGAUACAUGGGGUGUUGGUCAUGUUAUCGUUACGCGUCUUCUGAAUAGAGAUAAGGAUGAGAAAGCAGUUCAUAUCCAACGGUUUCUUAGCUAG